AUGCUAAGAGUCAACAAUGUACUGAGAUCAACAAGUUUGGGGGGCUCUCCCCAAUACGGACGUCUGCAAGCUCUACCCCAACUUCAGCACAGCACUCCAGCCCGUCACAAACGCUCUGACGCACAAACUGACAGUCACGUUGUUCCGCCCGUUCUCCUGAACUUCCAGGAUGCGAAAGCAGCGUAUGAGUCGAAAAACAUGUUUGAACUGUUUAGAUCCCGUAUUGUGCUGCGUCUGUGUGGUAUUGAUUCCAUUGUAAAUAACAACGAGAAACUUUUGAAGUUCUCCAAAAUAAUGCUGCCGAAAAAGAUGUUUGAUUCUGUUAUGAGGAUGACAUUUUAUGGUCAGUUUGUCGGUGGAGCUGAUGUGAAUGAUCUACGACCAAAACUCUCAAAAAUGCAGGAGUACGGGGUGAAGCCCAUCCUGGAUUACUCAGUUGAAGCAGAUCUGAAGGAGGAUGAAACAGAUGAGAUUCCCGAGAUUGCUGUUACAGAAGUGCAUUAUCCUUACAAAGGAGAAGACAUUUGUGAGGAGAACUUGAAAAUGAUCCUGGAAUGUUUGGAGACAGCGAGCCAAGUUUGUGAUAAAAACGCAUUCUCCGCCAUCAAGGUCACAGGUCUGAGUAAACCCAACGCACUGCUUGAAGGCUCUCAUUUUUUGCAUCGGAUCCAGGAGUUGUAUAUCAAACAUUCCCAAACGUUUGAAGGUACGCUGCCCUCCUAUAUCAACACCAAGUACCUCCCUAAAGAUGUACUAGGACCCAAAGAACUUCUUGCAGAACUAAGAAUGACGCUCGAUAAUUUCCGAGCUAUGUUGACCAGUCUGGGCGCUGAUUUAAACGAAAGUGAAAUCACAGAUAUGUUUAAUUCAAUGUCUCCGGAUGAAAUGGGCCAUAUUAAAUACCACAGAUUCCGUGAAUUUUGCAUGCCUGGUCCACCUGAGAAACCACUCUACACCGUGUUAACACAUCUCAAUCUUCCUGAUGGUAAAAUUACAAUGAGUGCCGAUCACUUAGAAGCUCUUAAUAGAGUCGAAGAAAGACUGAUUGUGCUGUGCGACCGCGCAGUUGAGUUGGACGCCAAGAUACUCAUCGACGCUGAACAGACCUACUUCCAACCUAUGAUAGGCUACUUUGCGAACAAGAUGAUGUCCCGAUAUAACAAGGAAAACGUUCACGUGUUCAACACGUAUCAGUGUUAUCUUAAGUCCACCCCGUCCCAGCUUAUCUAUGAUGCAGAUAAAGCGAACGUGCUGGGUUACAAACUUGGCGCAAAGCUUGUCCGUGGCGCGUACAUGGAACAAGAACGCCAACGUGCGCUCGACCUUAACAAUGAGGACCCUAUAUACCCCGAUAAAGCACACACGAACUCAUGCUACCACAAUAUGGUUGAAAUCGUCCUGAAGCAGAUCGAAAGUCAGAAAUGUCAGGUGAUGAUAGCAUCCCACAACGAAUUCACCAUCCAGUACGUUGUGGAGCGAAUGAGACAGUCUGGCAUUUGUCCGGCAAACGGAGGUAUCUUCUUCGGACAGCUGCUUGGAAUGUGUGAUCAAGUCACGUACUUGUUAGGAGCAGGUGGGUACUGCAGCUAUAAGUACGUACCGUACGGACCCAUUGAGGCUGUGUUACCGUAUCUGUCCCGGCGUGCGUACGAGAAUAAGGGAAUGUUGAAGGGGAGUCAGAAGGAAAUUGAGCUGCUGAAAGGAGAGCUGAAGAGAAGGAGAUGGAGUGUGUUCAGUACUGCUAAUUAA